UUUGUGUCCGGGCUGCGGGGGAGCAGCCGGGAUCCGCGAGCGCUGCCGGGACCAGAGCUCAGUGCUGACCGAGCCGGAGGCACGCGAUUAGACAGGAGAGCAGAGACAGGGUGUGCGACAGUAAAAUGGCGUUUCAGGCUGGACACAUAUGAUCAGACAUGGAGGCCGUCAGCGCUGUCAACGCCACACAGGACGAGCUCCGCCUCCUGCCCCUGCCUGAUGACGACCCAGGCAACCUUGGUUACCAUGACUACGACCCGAAUGCCAGCGGCGCCAACUCCCCAGCGUUGCCUCCGUUGGUGUUUGAGGGAGUGGAUUUCCCAGAAGACCCCAUUAAACUUCUGAGUGUGCAGGUGGUGUUGAUCUUGGCCUACAGCACCAUCAUCGUGCUGGGGGUUCUGGGUAAUUCUCUGGUCAUCUACGUCAUCUACCGCUUCAAGACGCUCCGAACUGUCACCAACUUCUUCAUCGCCAACCUGGCUGUCGCCGACCUGCUGGUCAACACGCUGUGCCUCCCCUUCACCCUCGUCUACACGCUGCAGGGCGAGUGGAAGUUCGGCAGCACCCUCUGCUUCCUGCUGCCCUACGCCCAAGUGCUCGCCGUGCACGUCUCCACGGUGACGCUCAACGUCAUCGCCCUUGACCGUCACAGGUGUAUCGUGUACCACCUGGAGACCAGGAUGCGUAAGGACGUGUGUUUCGGGGUGAUAGCUUUGACCUGGGUGCUGAGCGCAGUGCUUGCCAGCCCUAUGGCCAUCUUCAGAGAGUAUGGCUCCUUCACCCUGGAGCCCGGACACACCAUACAGGUGUGCACGGAGAAGUGGCCCGGCAAAAACAGGGACGGCACCGUCUACAGCAUCUCCAUGCUGAUCCUGCAGUACUUCCUGCCGCUGUCCAUCAUCUCCUUCGCCUACGCACGCAUCUGGUCCAAGCUGCGCGGCCACGUCAGCCCGGCGGAGGCCAGCGGCGGCAACAAAGCCGGCUCCGAGCGCCACCGCCGGCGCCGCAAAACCACCAAGAUGCUGGUGACCAUGGUGGUGGUGUUCGCCGUCAGCUGGCUGCCGUUCCACGCCUUCCAGCUGGCCACGGACAUCGACAGCACGGUGCUGGACAUGCGCGACUUCCGGCUGCUCUACACCAUCUUCCACGUGGUCGCCAUGUGCUCCACCUUUGCCAACCCGCUGCUGUACGGCUGGAUGAACCGCAACUACCGCGCCGCCUUUUUCGCCGUCUUCAAGUGUCGCGGGGGAGGAGAGCGGGGGAGGGGCGGGCGCCUGGACAGCAUCCACCCGGUUGGAGGAAAAGGAGGCGGCGGCGGAGGAGGAGGAGGGAGGGCGAAGAAGAUCGUUCUUGAGACUCAGGAUGUGGUUUCCACCCACUUGGACGCCACGGACGUGUGAAGGCCUCAAGGUCGUCAGAUCGGCGAGGGUGACGGAGGAGAGCCGACGAAAAAGAAGAAGAAAAACGGCUGUCAGGGAAUCUUUUGUUCCCCAGAAGACAAAAGAAGAAGAGAUUCCACACGGAGACGACGGCGAGAUAAAGAUGAGAGAAAAUAGAAACAACGGAGCAGGAGGGAGGCGGCGAGGGGAUUGAGGAGUUUUUGGAAGCCCAAAAUAGACGAGGAGGCAGAGACGAGCACGGAUUAGAAGAAGAAGAAUGACAGGAGAGGA